AUGGAAAACGACACAGCUCCCUUUUACUUUGAGUUUACAAUGUUUGUGAACAUCGGAAGCUACUACUAUAUCGCCUUUGUCUUUUCCCUCCUGCUCUACAGCUUCAUUGUCUCUGCAAAUCUGAUCAUAAUAUUGGUGAUCUCAAGGGAGAAGUCGUUGCAUGAGCCCAUGUACAUGUUCAUUGCAUUGUUGUCUGUCAACUCUCUGUACGGCUCCGCUGGUUUCUUCCCCAGAUUCCUCAUGGACCUCAUGUCUGACUCUCACUUGAUCUCACGUCCAGCCUGUUUCACUCAAAUCUAUGUUAUUUACACAUAUGCUUGCUAUGAGAUGACCAUUCUGGGCAUCAUGGCCUAUGAUAGGUACGUCGCUGUGUGUCUGCCUUUGCAUUAUCACAGACAAAUGACUUUUAGAACUGUUUUUAACUUGAUAGUAAUUGCUUGGUUUUUUCCGACGUUUGUCCUCACAGCGUGCAUCUCUCUGUCCGCCACGCUCCCUCUUUGUGGUAACGAGAUACAAAAAGUGUAUUGCGCCAACUGGAGUGUUGUGAAAUUAUCAUGUGUCACCACGUCCAUCAACAAUGUCGUAGGUAUGUUUUUAACCAUAGGCAUAGUUUUCCUUCCUCUUUUCUUUGUGCUCUACACCUAUUUACGAAUCGUGGUUGUUUGCUGGAAGAAAUCCGCAGAAUUCAAAGGGAAAGUAUUACAGAGCUGUCUGCCGCACCUGGUUUCGUUCGUGAUUUACUCCAUCGCAGGGUUUUGUGACAUCGCCUUGAGCCGGUACGAUCCCGAUGAGAUCAACCCAUUCGUGGCUGUGAUUCUGUCGCUGGAAUUUGUCGUCAUUCCUCCAGUUCUGAAUCCUCUCGUGUACGGGCUAAAGUUACCAAAGAUCAGACGACACAUUAUAGGGAUGAUACCAUGGUGUAUGCAAUAAUCAGUUAGAACCACACCACAGCUAAUUUCAUGUCCUCAACACAGA